CCCCUCCUUGAGCUAAUGCAGAGAGGAAAAGGGAGGGGAGAAGCGCUACAGCCCCAGCAGCCUUUUCAAACACAAAUACACCCCACAUUUACACGUUUCACCGGCAGAAACCCGGACCCCGAGAGUUGGAUACCGUCUACGUUCGGCAUCCCGCUCCAAACGCGUCCCGAGGAGGCGGCCGAGCGGCUGGAUAAACCCAAUAAACCCCGAACCGGAGAAAAGCGGCCUGUUUUGUUCCUGAUCUCCCGGAGCCGAGGCUCAAGCUCGCUGGCGACCGGUGGAGCAGCUUCUAUCGCCUCCUUUCAUGCCUUUUGGACAUUUCUUCUUUCCUUUUUCGCCUCGCCGCGCCCGCGUACUUCAAGUUAUGUCGCUGACGUGAGCUACUAAGCUAACGAACUGAAGCUAACGUUGUUUUCGGCGGCUCGCGAGAAAGUCGCCCGAGAAGCGGGCCUGUUUUGUUUUUGCAGCGCCAUGAAAAGCAGGGGGGCACAAUAACACACACACUCAUACACACACACACGCUCACGCGUACAUAUAUCCGCGCACACACCGGGUCUUCGGCUCUGCCCCUGCGCCGGGCGCUUAUCGUUAACGGAGGCUCGCUCGCCGCGAGGAAGGAAAGUGAUGUGAAGAAGCGGCGCCGCGGCCACGACCGGCGGUUGGAGUCGACGGCGGGGAGCUGGCGUUAACGCAGCCGAGCAGAAACAGGCCCUCUUCUUCACAGCAAAAGACGACCCCCCCCCCCCCCGGAUUUAACACGAGCUCAUGAUGAUCAUUCGGGCUCGUUUUCUGUCACGGAUGAGAGAGAAAGCCGUUAAAAGUAAUGGCGUGGUGGUGGUUGUGCUGAACGCGAUGUGCGCUGCUGUGCUUCUGUGGAAAGACAUUUCCAGCGUGCGUGUGUGCUGAUUAGCUCCCCGUGCUAACCGGGCUACAGCUCUCAGCCGUGGAUUAUAAUAUAAACCUGUACAUAUACGUAUAUAUGUAUGUGUGUGUACAACUUCGGCUCCAGUCACCGUGUGGAACGUCUGCGAAGACGUCGGACUUGCAGCCCGUGAACGUUAUCACGGAGGACGGCGUUUGUCAGCGAGGUCCGCCUUCCUUCCUAGCCGAGGCAUUAAUCUGACUGGGCGACAUUGUGGAGAACGUUAGCCGGCGGGACCUGCUGCGUGAUCCUCUCCCCCCCUUUCUCUCUCCCUGUCUUCCUCCACCCGCCUCUCUCUCUCUCUCUCUGUUUAUUUUCUCCCCGAGCUGCAUCUGUCGAGCCCUGAGACUUGCUGAGGAUGAACCCGGUGAAUGCGACCGCUCUCUACGUGUCCGCUUGCCGUUCGGUGCUGCAGUGCGAUCCCCGGGACCCCCAGGCUUUAGCCGAGCUCUAUAAGCUGCUACCGUUCUUCAGACAGUCCCUCGCCUGCCUAGUGUGCGGGAAUUUGCUCCAAGAUCCGAUCGCCCCGACCAACUCAUCGUGCCAGCACUAUGUCUGUAAAACGUGUAAAGGCAAAAAGAUGAUGAUGAAGCCAUCUUGCAGCUGGUGUAAGGACUACGACCAGUUUGAGGAGAAUAAGCAGCUAUGUAUCUUGGUAGAUUGCUAUAGGAAGCUCUGUGAGUACAUUGCAGAGUCUCCCCUUGCCUCCCAUAUUUCAAGUGCUGUGGGGGGAUCCCCGGACAUACUGGCUCUGUUGAACGAGGGCCUUUCGUUGGACAAUAACAAACAGGGGGAGGACUUUCUUUCACUGAGCUUGACGCACCACUCUCCUCCUCCCUCAACCUCGGAGACGCCUCCUGAGGAGGAUCCGUCGCCCCAUUUGUCCGAGGUGAAAGAGCAGACCCUGAGUCCGUUAGGGGUGAACGGCCUUCAGGACUGUAACGGGUUAAGUAACGUGGACGAGUUAACAUCCAGCUUGCCCUCACCUCACAGUAAUGUCCCGGUGACGGUGGAAGUGGACAGUGAGGUGGUGAAACAAGAAAACUUUACAAAUGAAAUUCCUGUAAGUGAGGCUGUGGCUGCGGCCGGUGAGGAGCUUUGUGCCAGCAGCAUGGACAUAUGCGGUUUCGGAGAGGACAUAAAACACGAUGGGGGUACUCUCUUGUUGAGCGUUGAGGAGGUGCUCAGGACUCUGGAGCCAGACCAUGUUCCUCAGGAUGAGUGCCCUACUAUCCUACAGUCAAGCCUUGAGGCUUCAGGGAACAUAAAUGGACCGUUUGGCUGUUCCACCACCUCUGCUGAUUCUUCUCGGCAGCUUUCCUCCCUUCCCCCUGACUCUGCAGGGGUCUUGGCGCCCCAGCAUCCGGCCACACAGCAGAACCCUCAGCCCUCCUCUGGAAUAUCCUGUUCUGCUGUUACUCCCAGAGUGCCACGGUCUAGCCGUAAACGUUCCCGCUCUGAGAGCGACAGCGAAAAGAUUCAGCCCCUGCCCAUCUCUACCAUUAUCAGGGGGCCCACUCUUGGUGCCUCUGUGACUGUUCCUGUCAAGUGUGAACCUAAAGUUCCAGCACAGGCUGCACCCCACAUGGCGGCUGUCCCCAACGGUGGGGGGUUGUCAAAAGUGGGGAAGGCCUUGUUGGUGCCCAAUAAAAGUGUCAAAAAACCUCUUGACCAGCAUGGACCCAAAAAGGCGUACACAAAGGCAAAACAGACCACUCCCAAAUCGAAAGAUAAGACGAAAGAGCGGAUUGCGACCAAUCCCCUUGUUCCGGGGAGCCCGACAAAAGUGGUGUACAAGAAGCCGCAGGAGAAGAAGGGCUGCAAGUGCGGCAGAGCCACCCAAAACCCAAGUGUUCUUACGUGUCGGGGCCAGCGAUGCCCGUGUUACUCCAACCGCAAAGCCUGUCUGGACUGCAUAUGCCGAGGCUGCCAGAACUCCUACAUGGCCAAUGGUGAGAAGAAACUGGAGGCGUUUGCCGUGCCAGAGAAAGCCCUAGAGCAGACCAGGCUCACCCUGGGUAUCAAUGUCACCAGCAUAGCAGUGAGAAACGCGGCCGGCAGCGGGGCUGGGGGGGUGCUGAAUGUCACCUCAGCAGCAGGCCCACCUGUAGCCUCGUUUUUAGCUGCUGGACAUCAUGAAGACAAGGGUUUUGAUGAGACUUUGGAUAUGAGGUUUGACUGUUGAGCCCUGCACAAUGCUCUUACCAUCGCACCCCCCUUAUUCCAGCCUGGCUCACUCUUGGCAAGGUGCCACCGAGACCUGGAGGGGAGCCAGUGGAGUCAACAAAAUAAGGCAGCUACUGUGAUUCUGUUCCAGUUCAUGUUAUCAAUUGAAUUAGUCGUUGCUGAAGCUUGUGCCUAUAAAUCACUUGUAACAUGCUUUUUUUUGUUGUCUUACACACUAUUGUGAAUUAGAAAAGUCAUGUUACUGUAAGUUGAGAAUUCUUUUGGCAGAUUUUUUUUUUUAUUAUUAUUAUUGUUUCACUACAAGUGAUCUAUACGGCAUGAUCUUUGGCAAGAAAUGCUUGACCUCGUUGUUGUGGGUCAUGUUAUGUGCAUAUGUGGAUGACUUUGAGUUAGUAGGCUAGAAGACGAGACCUGUUCAAAGAAAUGGUACCUGCUAUGUCAGUAGAGACUGGUUGUAUUUAUAAACAUUUUUGUACACAGACUUAUGGAAUUCAAUUUAAAAGUACAUUUUAUGAUAUAUUUUUUAAGUUACAUUAACAACAUUUGCAGUAUUUAUUGGGCAUCACUUAACAUAGAUUGCAGUCCAUCUAGGGCUUCAUCAGGAUACCAUUUCUACAGAUGCAAGUCACUGAGAUGCAGUAUGUUCGGUUUCUGUCUAAAUUAUGUUGCAGUCCUGUUUGUGCUAGUUUAUGCUGUCUAAAACUUUUUUUUUUUCCCUUGGGGCAUUUAAAUACCUGUAAUAUAAAUGUAACAUAUUUCCACAUAAAA